AUGCUAGAAGGUCCUAAAGUGCUGUUUCGAUUUGCCGUUGCCCUGUUUUCAAUGUAUGAAGAGGAACUACUUCAGCGGACCGAUACCAUUGCCGUCAUGAAGGUUCUCAAGGCGUCUGUUCGGUUGACAUUUGACUAUCAGGAGUUGUUUAGAAAGGCAUUUGAUCCGACGAUGACAUUCCCAUCGCGCGAUUAUCUAAAGCGAAAGCAAAAAGAAUAUAUGACGCUACUGCGUGCCAAGUUGGACAAACGGAAAAGGAUCUGCCAAGAAUUUUUAGCUAGCUCCAUUUCACAUGGAAGCGAAAAAUUGGUUGCCGAUAAUGUGGUAUUCUGUGUUGAACAACCGAACAAAGGAUUUUUGGCCUAUGGUCACCAAAGAGUCGGCUAUGUUGGUCAGAUUACAAUUACCGCAAAAACCACAGAACUACAAAAGCUUGAUGUUUCCUUUGACUGUCGUAUAUUAUCGUUGACGGCAGCAAAUGAGAAUGCUAUAUUUUUAUCGCUGUUGUCAGGCACCAUAGUAUCUCUACGUUCCAAACGGGAUAAGCAAUUCGAAAUUGCUUGGGAACUAAAAACCGAAAAUAUUGCACUAAAAAUACAGUAUUAUAAAGAACGACUUAUUAUUGCUUCAGCUAAUGGGUCACUUACUGUUAUUGAGAACGUAUUGGAAUCGGAUUCCAAUGAACUCGAAUUAUUCAACUUACCAGUUGGUGCAGCACCAAUUUCUGAUAUGGUUAUCGUCGAUAAUGUUUUAUGGGUUGCUUUGGCGUGCAAAAUUGUUGCGCUAGCAGCAAACACACUGUCGACGCUAAGAAGUAUUUACAUAGCAUCGUCGAUCAGCGGUAUGAGUAUGGCAAUGUUUGAAAAAAUUCGUUGCUUGGCACCGUCACCAUUAGGAAUUUGGACUGUUACUGUAAACUCAACUUUAAUACAGCUAUGGAAAGAUUCUGAUUGCUUGUUUCUUUACGACAUCUCUUACGACCAUUUACAUCGAACACCAAGCUUGUCAGAAACAAAUGAUAAAGUUGAAGUUCAAAUAACAGCUUUGUUGUUUGUACAUGAACAACUUUGGGUUGGCACAAAUGAUGGACAUAUUUUUAUCUAUUCUGUUUGUAAAGCUGAAAAAUCGAAUGAAAUGGAUACCUCAGAGACUCAGCUAAAAUAUCCCUCUGGACAGCGGUUCUGGUUACAGUAUGGCUUGGAUAAUAGCUUAGCACCACCAGUUGCUUGCUAUAUUCCGACAACAAACGAAGCCGAAUGUGACGAGCAGAAUAGCGUAGCUGAAUUUUCUUGCCGUAAACGUGGUGGUCGAAAAAUUUCUGUUUCUCGUCAGCUGAACAGCAAACAAUUUUUUGGUAGUACUCCAAAUAUGAUGAUGUUUUCUUCUGCACUUCUAGACUUUGAAGAAUUCCCUCAACAAGAGAGCACCGAUUCUGCUGUAUCAGUUUUUUCGAUUGAUGACGUCGUUGACGGACCUUCAGCAACGGAGUUAUCUCCGCUUAGUGGGCGCUAUCCAGGCGACGAGCAACUAUUUAGCUUUGAUGAACCAAAACUGAAGAGAAAAGAUCUUGAUUUUGAAAAUACAUUUAGUAAACCAAACUGUCGAAAAGGUGUAAGAGCUGUAGAUAUAUCAAUUACACUGGAAAUGAAGAUGAAAGUGGCCGAUAAAGCAGUCAAAUGUGUAUCGUCAACGAGGUAA